AUGCUGACCACUGUUCUAUCAGAAACAACCUACCUAGAUUAUGCGGGGACAACACCUUAUGCCAAGUCCACGGUCGAGUCUUUCUCGCGUGAUCUUACAUCUAAUCUGUUUGGAAACCCUCAUUCGAUGUCUGCAGCGUCGCAGCUUUCUACCCAAAGAACAGAGGAUGCCCGGGUCCGCGUAUUGCGAUUCUUCAAUGCGGACCCAGAUGAGUUCGAUCUUGUCUUUGUGGCAAACGCAACUGCUGGGAUUAAGCUAGUCGCAGACUCGCUUCGAGACUCCGACCAUCGAGGAUUUUGGUAUGGCUACCAUAUUGAUUCUCAUACCAGUCUGGUCGGGGUACGAGAGUUAGCCGAGAUGGGCUACCAGUGUUUUCAAAGUGAUGAUGAAAUGGAAGCCGAGAUUUCAAAGUUGGCUGGCAACCAGUCGAAGGCGCCCAGACUACUUGCAUACCCAGCCCAAUCCAAUAUGAACGGCCGGCGUCUGCCUAUUCGAUGGUGCGAGCAGGUCCGAUCCGCAACAAAGGAAAGCGGAGGAAAUGUAUACACCUUGCUUGACGUUGCGUCGCUUGUAUCAACCGCUCCACUUGAUCUAGGUCCGUCCUCCUCUGCUCCAGACUUCACUGUCCUCAGCUUCUACAAAAUCUUUGGAUUUCCCGAUUUGGGUGCUUUGAUUGUCCGCAAAAGUGCUGCACGGGUCUUUGAGCGACGGAAGUAUUUUGGCGGAGGCACCGUCGACAUGGUCCUGGCCACUGGGGUGCAAUGGCAUGCGAAGAAAGAAACUUCCAUCCAUGAGCGGCUAGAGGAUGGAACUCUCCCGUUCCACAAUAUCAUUGCCCUGGACACGGCCUUGGACACGCACGAGCGCUUAUUUGGUUCGAUGGCGAACAUCUCGGCCCACACUGAGUUCCUAGCAAAGCAAGUCUAUGAUAGGCUUUCUUCAUUGGCGCAUUUCAAUGAGAGGAAAGUCUGUCAAAUUUAUCAACCGUACACCUCAACAUACGGUGAUUCGCGUACCCAAGGUCCGAUUAUUGCGUUCAAUCUUUGCAAUAGUCGCGGUGAAUGGGUUCCUAAAACUGAGGUAGAAAAAUUGGCUACGGUGCAAGAUCUGCAGAUACGCACUGGGUCCGUUUGCAAUCCAGGAGGAACUGCCUCAUCACUUGGGUGGACCGGACCUGAGCUUCGCCGGCAUUACUCUGCGGGAUUACGUUGUGGUGAUACCCAUGAUGUUCUGGGAGGGCGACCAACAGGAAUUCUGCGUGUCAGUAUCGGUGCCACGACGAACAUGAAGGAUAUAGACUCCUUGUUAAACUUUGUCGAGGAGUUCUACGUGGAGAAGAGUCCACCUAUAGUGGCCCUUGAUCCUCUGACAGAAGACAAUGAGGUCGUUGCCCCUCAUUUCUAUGUCGAAAGCCUAGCAGUGUUCCCAAUCAAGAGUUGCGGUGCUUUCAAGAUACCCGAGGGAAAGCGUUGGGAAGUGAAGAAAGAGGGACUGGCUUGGGAUAGAGAAUGGUGUUUGAUUCAUCAAGGGACUGGCGCAGCCCUGAAUCAGAAAAGGUAUGUUGUGCCGGAACAAAGUAUACGAAUUUGCUUAACUAACACUGCUAGAUACCCUCGCAUGUGUCUCAUACGACCCUCGAUUGAGAUUGAAAGAGGAGUUCUCCGUAUUACUUGCGGUGCAAUUGCCGCGCCAGAUCAAGUCAGCCUUGAGAUUUCACUUGGCUGGGAGGACACAAGUCUCAUCUCCACAUCCUUCUGUCCAAGCUCGACCAAAAGGCCUACAACAGUCUGCGGUGACCGAAUUUCUCUCCAUGCCUACACGUCCCCAGUGGUCUCGGCAUUCUUCUCGGACUUCCUCGGAGUGCCUUGUACUCUCGCACGAUUCCCUACGCAGACAACUAGCCGGUACUCACAGCUGCAACGGACGCCGAAUACGUGGAAGAACCGUUUCCGCAAGCUAAUCAUGCCAGGCUCAUUCCCACCUGACUUCCCUCCCCCGGUGCGUGAGGGUGGCCAGACACUAAUCACGUUAUCCAACGAGUCGCCGAUUCUAGUGGUUUCACGUUCAUCUGUCAACCGACUGAAUGAGACCAUCAAAGCAAACAGCAAGAAUGGCAGCAGUAAAACUGUCGCUGCAGACGUCUUCCGCGGUAACAUUGUCGUCGCUGAACGACUUGCUCACCGUGGCGAUGUGGAACAACCAUAUGCGGAGGACCGGUGGUCAUCCCUUCGAAUUGGACCAGACCAACUUCGGUUCGAUGCUCUCGAUGCAUGUCAGCGAUGUCAAAUGGUUUGUAUAGACCAGUUCACUGGCAUUCGACGCGCUGAGCCGUUUUCAACGCUUGCCAAGACGCGAAACAUUGAUGGGAAGGUCAAAUUUGGCAAAUAUUCUGCACUUUCUCCGGAGGAGUUAGAGGGCUUUGACUCCGAACUACCUGACCGCAGGACGGUGAUGGUAGGAGAUGUGGUUGUGCCAUCAUAUCAGGAUGAUUGA